AUGGGAGCGUCCCGCGGCCGCGGGAGGCUGGCGGCGCUCUGGUGCCUCGGGCUCCUGGGGGGCCUGGCGUGCGUCGCGGGCACGCACUACCGCUACCUCUGGAGGGGCUGCUACACGUGCCACCUGGGCCAGGCCGGCUACUCCGUGAGCGCCGGUGACCGGAGGCCAGAUGUAGAUGAGUGCCAAAUGCACAACGGCGGCUGUCAGCACAGAUGUGUGAACACACCAGGCUCCUAUCUCUGCGAGUGCAAGCCCGGAUUCCGGCUCCAUGCGGACGGCAGGACCUGCUUGGCCAUAACCUCCUGUGCUGUGGGCAACGGGGGCUGCCAACAUGAGUGUGUCCAGCUCACAGUGACCCAGCACUGCUGCUUGUGCCGCCCCGGGUUCCAGCUCCAGGAGGACGGAAAGCACUGUGUCCGGAGAAACCCUUGCGCCGACCGGAAUGGCGGCUGCAUGCACACGUGCCAGGCACGCCGUGGCCUCGCCCACUGUGAGUGCCACGCGGGCUUCCUGCUGGAGGCCGACCGCAGGUCCUGUGAAGAUGUGGACGAAUGCGCCACAGGCCAGGCCCAGUGUGCCCACGGCUGCCUCAACACCCGUGGGUCCUUCACGUGCAUCUGCCACACUGGCUACGAGCUGGGCACUGACGGCCAGCAGUGCUACCGCAUCGAGAUGGAGAUUGUGAACAGCUGUGAGGUGAACAAUGGGGGUUGCUCACACGGCUGCAGCCACACGAGUGCAGGGCCCCUCUGCACCUGCCCCCGGGGCUAUGAGCUGGACGAGGACCAGAAGACGUGCAUCGACGUGGACGACUGUGCGGCCUCCCCGUGCUGCCAGCAGGCCUGCACCAACAGCCCCGGCGGGUACGAGUGUGGCUGCUACGCCGGCUACCGGCUCAGCACCGACGGCUGCGGGUGUGAGG